UGCGCAUGUGCACGACCGAGCUCUAUCGGAAGCGAAGUCGGGCAUAUCUAGGGGGUUCACAUCAAAAACCGAAAAUAAAAGAGUCAUGUCAGGAUUUCUGGACGGUAUCCGGUGCGGAGACUGUGAGUGCAAUGUGGACUGGGGGGAGAGAAGAAACACCAUCGCAUCUAUAGCUGCUGGAGUUCUGUUCUUCACUGGCUGGUGGAUCAUCAUCGAUGCAGCAGUGAAAUAUCCUAGCGAGGCAGAGUUUCAUCACGCCUAUCACACUUGUGGAGUCAUCGCUACAGUGGCCUUUCUCAUGAUAAAUGCUGUUUCCAACGGCCAAGUGAGAGGAGACAGCUACAGUGAAGGCUGCAUUGGACAGACAGGCGCUCGAGUGUGGCUCUUCAUUGGCUUCAUGCUGGCUUUUGGCUCCCUCAUUGCCUCCAUGUGGAUUCUGUUCGGAGGCUUCGUAGUGCCUCAGAAGGCUGUUGUGUACCCCGGUAUUGCCAUUUUCUUCCAAAAUGCUUUCAUUUUCUUUGGGGGUUUGGUCUUCAAGUUUGGACGUACAGAGGAUCUGUGGCAGUAAUGGGGUCUGUGUGUCUUCUUGUCCACUUGUCCACGUUUAUACACUCUGCUUUCUAUAUUGUAAAAGACAAUAUGCUUUAGCAGUUAUUCACUUUAUAUAUAAUACUUUUUUAGCUUUCAAAUUAACAUGUUUAAUUUAUAUUGUUUGCUGUAAAUUAGCUAAAUCAUAACUAAGCACAAAGUUUCAUAGUUUCCUUUAAAGUUUUGAAUAUGUUCAAAUGUGGCACAUCUUUAAAUGUGUCUCUUUGCACUCAGACCGUGUAGCCAUGUUGUAAUAAUGGUUUACAAAAUGUGUAUUUUGGGAGCUUUAUUCCUCUGAACUGUCCACAUUGCCUCACUUUUAUGAUAUCCUUUCAUUUGAAGUCUUUUAGGUGGGGAAAACAUAAAUAAUUAUGGUACAAAAUAUCAUUAAGGGAAAUAUUUCACAAUACUGUACACAUGAACUGAAUGUAACCAUAAGAGGUUGUUUGUAUUUUUCUUGAAAUAACUUUAUGUCUGCUGAAAAACUGCAGUCAUGCAGAUUUAUUGUUAAAAGUUAUUCAGCUCACACUGCUGACAUGAGGUCAACAAAGGUUUCACAUCUGUACGGUGUUCAAUGUGUGUGUGGAGAUUUGUAUUUGACUGCAGCACUUCUCCAUUUGCUCCUGUAACAUCCAAACCACAAGGUCAGUUUCUGACAACCAUGGCAUCAUUAAACAGAAGUAUACUGGGCACUACA